AUUAAAUACCAACAUAAAAGAUGAUUGAUCGAGAAAUGUAAAUAUUGCGAUAAAGUGUAAAAGCCGUGGUUUUUGUACUUAAAUAGUGCGAUUUUGUUCAACACUUUCGAAUUUAAAUAAAUAUUUCAGGUUUCAGACGGUGCAAAAACUUCCAACUCAUUUCCAGUGACGUGGAUGUGUUUUGUGAGGUUAUGUCAUAGACGUUUUAAUUUAAAAUAAAUCGCCAAAUUAAAAUAGAAAAUGUUUGAGGUCACAGAUACUCAAAAAAUUGGGGUUGGCCUUGCUGGCUUUGGGAUGUUUUUCCUAUUUUUGGGGGUUUUACUCCUCUUCGAUAAGAGUUUAUUAGCGUUAGGAAAUAUAUUGUUUAUUGCUGGUUUGGCAUGUGUAAUAGGCCUAGAACGAACGUUUCGAUUCUUUUUCCAAAGGCACAAAAUCAAAGCCUCAAUCUCCUUUUUUGGUGGAAUAAUUAUAGUGCUUGUAGGUUGGCCACUAGUUGGAAUGCUUUUUGAAACUUAUGGAUUUGUUUUAUUGUUUAGUGGCUUUUUCCCAGUUGCCAUCAACUUUCUCAGAAGAGUGCCCAUUUUAGGAACAUUUUUAAAUUUCCCAGGAAUUAGUAAGCUAGUUGAUAAACUGGCUGGAGACUCCAACAGAACAACAGUCUGACUUGAAAUAGACUUAAUUUCAAUCAAAAUUGGUGAACGGUGCUGUGCCCCGUUUUGUAGGGGCCCAGAUUUAAUUUAAUUACAAAUCAAUGUAUUUCAUUUGCAAUAUACUGUACAGAUUUUUUAUUUCCCAAAUGUACAAAUCGUUUUAUCAUCAAAUAAAUGACACAUUUUUGA